UUCAGGCAGUCAUCAUGAAGACUUUGGUCAUUAAUCAGUGUACGAAACGAACUGUAGGUAGAUGGACGUGCCAAUCAGCUAGUCAAUAAAGCAAUUUGCUAUAAUGUUUGGCAUCAAUAUAUAUCUGUUGGUAACUUUGAUCUUUACUGCCGGCAGGUGCGAAUCAUUAGAUCAAGCGUCACCUUUGCAGCAAUUGUACUCCAUGGCACACACUUUGAUCUCAGAAAAUUUUGCACGGUGCACUCUGACGGUCCUUUCUCCAGAAAGGAAUAAGAAUGAAUCUUUCUCCCAAUAUCCGAUUGACCACUUUUCCGGCUUUGAAAUACCCGUUCAACAAUUAGCCAGCACCAGGACGCUUUCAUUAAGAAUGAUUCCCCUUAAAUUCUUAGACAGCGACUGUAACCUAUUCAUCGUCGAGAUAACAAAAAAGUGUGUCAUGCCACAAAUAUUGAAUGUUAUUCGAUCCCAAAUUUCUCCAAAACCACUGCACAGUGCAAAAGUAAUAUUCUUAAAUCUGUUACCUCGAUCUGAAAGUCAGCAGAAGCAUAAUACGAUCCUCACUUUGCCACCUCUUAACCUCAUUCCAUACAAAAUGGAAAUGGUCCUCUGUUCGGCAAACGGUCCUCCUCGCCAUCACGAUCUUAGGUCGAGAAGGGUUUUACUGUUCAGUUACUGUGAGUACUGCCCACACCCAGGAGAUAUCGUCCUAAGUCGAGGCUUUCACCCGAAGGAAGGGUUCAGGAAGUACCAGCCUUUAUUUUUUGGUGCCAUGCCCAGAAACUUUCAUCAGGCCUUCAUGAACACGGUUCUUACUCAAACCUUCACCAAAUCCGGUGUUAAUACAUCGACAAUAAGUUAUAUAAAGCUCGUCAGAUAUCCCGUGAUCCCAUUUCUGCGAGAAGUGCUUUCGGCCCUAAAUUUCACUUAUAAUCUGAACAAGAGCUCGUUUGUGUCAUUGCUGAGCAAGGAUUCGGAGGGGGUCUCAUUUCACGCGAGGAUGAACUGUCAUCUCAGUCGCAAUCUGCUAACCCUUGGUUCUGGAUGCCUGACCUCUGACCCCGUUGCCACUUGGGGCUUACAACUUUCCAGCUAUUACACGCAUGAAACUGGGAUUUUCAUGUAUCGCAGAGUUGCCCUCGAAGACCAGAGGGCAACGGUGACACAAAGGCUUGAAUUACCCAUCAAAGUAUUGCUUAGCUUGGCAUUUGCGACUGCGGCGUAUACUAUUUUUCGACAGUCGUUACGUAAAAAGACCUUCUUUCCACAACGAACGACUAUUAAUAUUGUUACUGCACCAUCUCAGAUGAGCCUGCAUACAAGAAUAUUUCAAAUUUGGUUGAAGGUGUGGAACACAACUUGGAAAAUGGCACCAACGUUUUUUCAACAACGAUUCCUACCACAUUGGAAAUCGCAUAAUAAAAAUCAGUCGGCUUCUUUGAUGCUAAUUUCCUUGUGCUGCAUCGCAAUCACUUUAAUUUGGCACUUCAAGAUAAUUCCUUUGUCAGAAAUGAUUAUUUCCAAAAAUUUUGUAGAGCUUCGGCAGCUUUCUGACAUAGUAAGACUUUCAAAAUCGGGAAUGCUUGCGGAUGGGAAAGUAAAGAAAAUACGAAUCCUGAACAUGGUGGACGUAGAGUUUUGGAGAAACUUGAGCCACAACCAAGAGGACCAAAAAGGUUUGGAAGUACUGAAAUCUGAAAUGGAGAAUACUAAAUUACCCCGAGAAUGUUUUGAAAAGCCAAGUCGGAAGGAUUUGGACACUUAUUACAUCUGUGUGUCAGGGUUCUUCCCCAAGAGCUUGAACUCGGGUGCAACUUCCAUCCAAGGAUUUGCUGACCAUGGCUUGGAAGUUAGGCAACUUGGAGCAAUGCGAUUCAUGAGCCUGGUUUUUCACCAAGAUUUCCCCUUCCUGGAUAUUUUUAGUAGAAAAGUAUCUCAACUUGUGGAGUCUGGAAUUUACAAUUAUUGGAAAGAGAUGCCAUCGACCAAAUUUAGAGAGGAUGGAAGUUUAAUAAAAAUUCAUGAGAUGAAUGAAACAGAAAUGGCCAAGUUCCUGAAACAAAAAAUGUCAAGGAAUCAUUUGGAGAAACGGAAGGACAGCCUGAAUGGACGUCAAAUCGGCGAAUUCUACUCAAUGUUUGUAGCUCACGAUGUAAUUGCAACGAUAAUUGGGCUGGCACCUCAAAUACUUGUUUCUUUUCUGGUAUUUUUGAUUGAGAUCUUAGCUGGAGGAUCAGGUAGACUUAUAACGAGGCGAUUUUUAAGGAACUGUAAGAAUUUCUGCACACUAGUUUUGAGACGAGUUCGCGCAAGGUUGAGAAUCAUGGAUGGUUACAUUGAUUACCCGAUAGUGUGGUAGUAAUUAAAUAAUAGCAGCAAUUUUCCAAGAAAAUAUUCAAAUAUUAUUAUACAUUUAGUAUCAAGCAGCUUGUCCACGCGUCCAGAAUUGUAGGAAAUGCUGGAGUAUUUGUGUUUUAUGAGUUUUACAUGAAAAAGGCAUAGUAAAGUUUUUAGCAACCAACAAUUAAUUCCAAAUAGAAGCACCAAGGUUUAUUGAUAAGUAUAUUUGUAAUUUCUGAGUUGGCAUUUACUGUGAGAAUAUGCACAUACAUGCACACAGAUCUCAAGGAAGAUACGCUUGACUGCCACUCUAAUAACUAUUUACAUACACUAUACCUCCAAUUGAUGGAGUUGUACAUCGUUAGUGAACUAUCUGUAUUUCCUCGCAAUUGUUAUUUUACCCAAUUAAAAUUACUCCAAAUUUUUCCGUCUUUAUUAAAAUCUUAGCUCGUAUAAAAAUGCUCGUAUAGUGUCGACUAGCGAAUAGGACCAGAAUAAAACUCAUUUUGUCUUAUGCUUAAAAGCAGUAUUUAAAAAUUUCGAUAUUUAAAAUGAUUUUCCAAAAUGUUGUCAGUUUAUUGGUAAUAUUACAUGUUGUGGUAGCACAGGAAAAUAUUGAGGAAAAAAUUUUCGAACAAAAAUUGGAUCACGAAAAUAGUAGCAGCACCACUACUUGGCGACAGAGAUAUCUUGAGAAUCGCCAAUUCUUCAAACCUGGAGGACCAAUUUUCGUGUACUACGGAGGCCCCACCCACAGUCCAUUUAGCCCUACAGUUUUACAAACUGGAUCCAUGACCACCUACGCCAAGGAACAAGGUGCGAACCUCGUGGCCCUGGAAUCGAGGUACUACGGACGGAGUCGCCCAACUUUAGAUCUUUCAGAGGAAAACCUCCGCAGAUAUUUAAGUCUGAAGCAAAAAAGAGAAGACUAUGCAGAAUUUGUUCGUUGGCUUAAAAGACAACCCGAUUUUACGAAUUCUAAAAUUGUGGGGUUCGGUUCAGGCCUAAUCGGCUCUUUAGUGCUCGACGUGAUGAACACCUAUUCCGACGGUGUCGUUGACAUUGGCGUCAUCUCCUCAGCACCGGUUGAGUAUCGUUAUGAAGUCCCAGAGUACGUCGAAAAAAUGGUUGAACUUUUGAAUACUUCGCACCCAGAAUGUUACGAUUCCAUACAUGAUACGUUGAUAUGCUUUGAAAGACUUUCGAAAGGAGAAGAAUGUCAAGGUCAUGUUUUCAAGGAUUUGAAAAACAUGUUCAACUUAUGUGGCGACAUUGAUCAAGAAAACGCGUUGGAUAUCUCCACCCUGCGACUUUUGUCUCUCCGAACUAUUGCAACCGUAAUGUCCACAAACGAUCCAGACCCAAAUGCUUCAUACAACACGGAAAAGAUGUGUCGUGCGUUGGAAGACAACAGCACAAACCUCACCCAUUUUGAACGUUCGGCUUUGGAGGUACGAAAGAUAAGCUCCUUCUCAAAACAACCCUGUGUAGAAGCCAGAUUCGACAAGGUCAUUGGGGCAUUGCACAACUCAAGUUGGGACUCUCCAGCAGUACUUAGUGGACAAAGACAAACGAUGUGGCUGCGAUGUUCUCAAACUGCAAUGAUAAGAACACCCGUUGGGUUCCGCAUGUCAGACAAUGGACAAUUCAUAGUGACCACGAUUGAAGAAAUGUGUAAUCGACUAUUUAAUAUUUCAUCUGAACAAAUGAAACAUAAUUCUCAAGAGGUCAACCAACUUCACGGGAGUCGACGCCUUCCUUCUAAAUGUGCAGUUUUUGUCACCGGAUCGGAUGAUUUGUUUCAAAAUGUUUCUGUUACAACACAGUCUGAAGUUGGUAAUUGCAACCGAGCUUAUUUGAUUCCAGGAGCCUCAUUUGCUAAGAAUACGGGAGAAAUUAAGCCUGAAGGAAUGUCUUAUCCACCCGCACUUCGAAUGAGCCAAUUGGAGAUUGGGUCAAUAAUUGGGUCAUGGUUAUCCAGCGGAAACUGUUGCCUCCCUCAAGUCAAAGAGUUUUAUGAAAAUCCUUCAAAAAUCUUUGACCUAUUUUAAUGUAUCUAAAGAAAUCCUAAUAAAUCUCAUUUCCUGUCGUGAAUACUUUGUGGUUGAUCGUUGAUCAGUCUCACUAAAAACUAAAAAUCUCACUCGAACGAGGAGUCCACAGAGGUACCUUGGUCGCCAUCUACGAAAGAAAGUAGAUUCUGCUUGUCAUUCGCAUUCGGCUGCGAUCUUUUUUUUCGCUCGCUUUCUGCUCUCGCUCUCUCUCUGACUUAUAAAAAUCGAAAUUGUAGUUUAUUUUAAUUUAUCAACAUUAAAUAUCAUAUACUAACUGACUUUGUGUUUAAUUGACUUUGCCAUGCGGGCAUAACUAACACGGCAGCACCCAUAAAUAAUUAACCGUAACUACUCGUUGGGUGUUGUUGGUGUUGUGUUGAGGAAUUGCUUGG